CUGUUUAUUCAAUCUGUCUCCCGCUACUGGUCCGCAGCUCUGACCGAAAACACUGCUGCUGUAACGGCUUCUACUAGGUUUAUAACAGGCCUAACGCUGUGAGGUCUGUGUCAGUUUUACAUCCAGAGGACUAUUUCGGUCCGCGUUUGGACAACUUGGUCUACUUUUACGCAUGGCAACAUCGGUCACAUUCCGAGAGUAACACCUCGAAGGGUCGGAGCUCUGAACGUGCGACGUUUAAACUUGGACUUGUAGGCCUAGAGGUUAUACACCAUAUUGAGCUGUCUGCGGUCCUCAUCUGCCAAAGCCAUGUUUUCCAAAGCCACUGCCAACUUUGUCCGUCAUAUUGACCCCGAAGGAAGCCUCAUCCACGUGUCCCGAUUAAAUGACUCCGAUAAACUGGUUCCCAUGGCACUGGUCGUCAAACGCAACCGCAUGUGGUUCUGGCAGAGCCCCAAGUACCAACCAACAGAUUUCACCCUCAGCAACUUGUUGCAAGGCGACAAGGUGCUCAGUCCUGACGUGUCCAAGACAGAAUUUGUGACCUACGAGGGGACAUAUAGAGACAAACUCUCCGGGAAGCUGGACACCGAGGCUGGAUCUGUCAGAGCCACUCUGGAGGGCCACGGAACUUCCAAGCUCCAGUCAUGUUUUGGCAAGCUGAAGAAAGAAGAACUGGAUGUGAAGAAGCUGUUACAAGACUCCAGUGGCAGGUUGAUAGACAUGCAGCAACCGCUGGUGCAGCAGCUGGAGAAGCGGGCUGACGUGCUGGCGGUGGUUAAGGAGAGGAUCCUCACCGCCAACUCCUUCACCGUCACCCAGACGAAAAAGGAGCAGUGCAUCUUUCAGGGGAUGCUCGGACUAGUGGGCUUGAUGGGGAGCUCUUUUAAGGUGUGUGUGAAGGACAGCAACAACAUUGAGGCGGACUGUGAUGUUUCCUUGGAAAUCCCCUCUGGUACAGUCAUUGCGUACAGCAUCCUGGAACUGGAGAUAAAGAAAAGUGGACACUUUAAUAUAUGCCUACAGCCUGGAUUAAUGGGAGGCAUUGAGGCAGACUCACCUGAGUCCUGGCCAUCCUUUGAUUCCUUGGACGAAGUGGACGGCAGGUGCAAUGGGCAUAAGGUUCCAAAGAAAGUACCUUUGGGUGCACUGCAAAAUGGAUCACAGGUGAUGGACCUCUCUCCUCUGGCAGAGCUCCCCCAGUUGACUCGAGGUGUCUUGUUCAAGAGACUCCAAGAGACUCUGGGGGACAGAACUGCUUUGUCAUAUAUGGAGUGUUUGCUUGAGGAGUUGUGCAGUGGAGAAACACUCAACAUGGCCAAGCACAAAGAGCUGUCGGAGAGUCAAAGAAAGUUAUUGUCAGCCAUACUGGACCGAGCCGGCACAGACAGUCACGCUGAGAACACCCAGUGUGGUAUUCCUUCCCAUCUAAACGCAGCUCACCUGUUGGUCAGUGCCUUGGAAGAGUUGCCUGAUCCGACUCUAAGCCUCUUGAGCGAGAGCAGUGCUGAUUUUCUGGAAGCCUUCGACACACUGAUGUGCAUGUUAAAGAAGAGCAGGGAGCCUCUCUCCAUCCAGUGUCUUCCGGUCCCCCUGCAGGACAACCAGGCCUUCCAAUGUGCGGAACAGCUGCUCAGCUCCACCAACGUGACGCUGAAGAGAGACAGCGACAGGCUGUGGAUGGAGAUGGGAGAUGAAGAAGGAGUUCUCCCACUGGUCCUCUGUCUCAGCAUACAGGGGUUGUCCCUGCUGUGCAAAGGGCAGCAGUAGUGGUAGUGUCUGCAUGUGCACUUUCUUUCUUUUUCAUGGAGUAUAUUCGGUUCAUUCUUUCUUUAUUGUAAAGUUUAUUGGUACUAGGCAUGACAGGAUAUAUAUCAUAUGUUUACUAUUUAUACAUUAUCAUACAGAAAUUGCUAUUAUUUUAUUAUUUUAUUUUAUAUUUUUAUUACUUAGGAAGCACUUUCAUAUUUUUGUAUGAAAAAGGAAAUAUAUAAUAUUGUAUCAGAUGAAAAUAUGUGUCUCUUUCAUAGCUUAUAAAGCAUGUAUGAGGUUCAGGAACCUUACAUAUAUCUGUCCAACAAAUUGUUAAUAUCCUGUUUAAAUCCAGCUAUAUUAUUUUUAUCAAAAACUUUCAGCCCGAUAUUAAAAUGUGUCUGCAUUAAUUGGUUAAAGUAAUUGUGUGACCCCCCACAUCCACUGAAUUUACUGUAAAUGCAUAUUGGUUAACCUGAAAUUUUAGUUCAAGAAGUCUGACGACGGUAGAUUUCCCAUUUUUUAUUAACAACUAAAUGUAAAAUGUGAUUCAUGCCAAGAGUACACAACAUUGCUGAUAUUUAUACAAUUCUGCAGAAUGCUGAAAACUGUGUUGCACGCCUAUUCUUGUUAUAUGCUAUUGAGGCUAUAUUUUAUUGCUGCUACGGCUCCUAAUCAAAAAUAUUUGCUAUUUCUUUCAUUAAAAAAAAGCUAUAUUUAACAUUCCCUGAGAUAUUGGCAUAAUCAUUGUAAGUCAAAUAUAUGUCACAUGUAUUGAUGUGUCAUAUGUCUUUGUACAUGAAGCUACAGUGGGGAAAACAAGUAUUUAAUACAGGUUUGAUUGCAGGUUUUCCUACUGACAAAGCAUGUAGAGGUGUGUAAUUUUUAUCCUAGGUACACAACUGUGAGAGACGGAAUCUAAAACAGAAAAAGAAGAAGGUUGAGUACAACCCCAAUAACACCAUCCCAACGGUGAAGCAUGGAGGUGGAAACAUCAUUCAGAAUGUUUAAGGACAUUCUUUUUCUUUUGAUGUUGACCCAUUGGGCUGUGUCGAAAAGCAAAAACCAAAUAAACUUCAUUCUAUUGUUAUUGAAAAUCUCUCCUCA